UGCUCGGGUGCUGCUUUAGGAGGUCCCGGUCUGGCUACCGUCGCCUCACGCCGGGAAUUGUUUAUCUCUUUCGGCCUUUGUUACCGCGCACUGAAGCGGGCCAGCUAGAGCUGCCGCGCGCCAGCAUGAACCUCUUCAACUUGGACCGCUUUCGCUUCGAGAGGAGGAGCCGCGCGGAGGACGCGCCCGAGGCGAGCCCCCCGCGCCCGCAGCCCGCGCCGCCCGGCCCCUCCUCGCCCAUCUCGCUCAGUGCGGAGGAGGAGAACGCGGACGGGGCGAGCAGGGCCGACACCCCCGACUCAGACAUAACCGAGAAGACAGAAGAUUCUAGUGUUCCAGAAACUCCAGAUAAUGAAAAAGCAAGUAUAUCAUGUUUCAAGAAUGAAAAAGGAAUACAGUAUAUUGAUUUGUCUUCUGAUAGUGACGAUGUUGUUUCCCCAAAUUGCUCCAGUACAGUUCAAGAGAAAAAUUUCAACAAAGACACCGUGAUUAUCGUUUCUGAGCCAUCUGAAGAUGAAGAGUCACAGGGCCUUCCGACCAUGUCACGAAGAAAUGAGGGUAUUUCAGAAUUGGAAGCCCUUUCAGAAUUGGAAGAUCUUAAAGAUGCUAAACUUCAGACCUUGAAGGAACUUUUUCCACAAAGAAGUGAUGCUGAUUUACUUAAGUUGAUUGAGUCAACAACCACUAUGGAUGGAGCCAUUGCUGCCGCCUUGCUGAUGUUUGGUGAUGCAGGGAGAGGAAUCAAAUGAGUCUGCAGAAUCUAGCAGUAAUUGGGAAAAGCAGGAAAGUAUUGUAUUGAAAUUGCAAAAGGAAUUUCCCAAUUUUGAUAAACAGGAAUUAAGAGAAGUACUCAAAGAACACGAGUGGAUAUAUACGGAAGCCUUGGAGUCUCUGAGAGUGUUUGCAGGAGACCAGGUUCACAAAGAUAUCUAAAACUAAUGGCUUAUCAGAGGAUUUGAUAUGGAACUGUAAGACACUGAUCCAAGAAAGGGAUGUAGUUAUAAGACUUAUGAACAAAUGUGAAGACAUUUCAAAUAAAUUGACAAAGCAAGUUACCAUGCUCACUGGAAAUGGAGGUGGAUGGAACAUAGAACAACCGUCCAUUCUAAACCAAAGGUACAAUUGUGCAAUCAGCAGUUCUGAUGACCGUAGUCUGUUUCGACGCCUGAAACUCAAUUAUGCAAUUUUUGAUGAGGGCCAUAUGUUAAAGAAUAUGGGCUCAAUCCGCUACCAGCAUCUAAUGACAAUUAAUGCAAAUAAUCGGUUACUGCUCACAGGCACACCUGUGCAGAACAACCUGUUAGAGCUCAUGUCGCUGCUGAACUUCGUUAUGCCACAUAUGUUUAGUAGCAGCACCAGUGAAAUCCGAAGGAUGUUUUCCUCCAAGACAAAACCAGCAGAUGAGCAGAGCAUAUAUGAAAAGGAGAGAAUAGCACAUGCAAAACAAAUUAUAAAGCCAUUUAUUCUCAGAAGAGUGAAAGAAGAGGUUCUCAAGCAGCUGCCCCCCAAGAGAGAUCAGAUCGAGCUAUGUGCCAUGUCAGAGAAGCAAGAGCAGCUCUACUUUGGUCUUUUCAACAGACUGAAAAAAUCUAUCAAUAACCUAGAAAAAAAUACGGAAAUGUGCAAUGUCAUGAUGCAAUUGAGAAAAAUGGCCAAUCACCCUUUAUUGCAUCGGCAGUAUUACACAGCUGAGAAACUCAAGGAAAUGUCCCAGCUCAUGCUAAAGGAACCUACACAUUGUGAAGCUAACCCUGACCUAAUCUUUGAAGACAUGGAAGUGAUGACAGACUUUGAACUGCAUGUACUUUGUAAACAGUACCGACAUAUUAAUAACUUCCAGUUAGACAUGGACUUGAUUUUGGAUUCUGGGAAGUUCCGCGCUUUGGGAUGCCUCUUGUCUGAAUUGAAACAGGUGAUGAAGGGACUAUGCCAGCAGAUAUAGCGACAUUACUGAAGACGUCAAUGGGCCUGUGAGGUGAGAAUUUCCUGAUUGACAAGGAAGUAUCAACUGGUGCACUCAAGGACAUUUACAUUAUGAUGACCACGGGGUUUAUGAACAUUUGUAACCUUUUAUAAUUUCCAUAUUGCAUUUCUCAUAGUAUGGACAACUUUUUGCCACUAACUGAACUCUCCAGAUGCUCACAUGAAUUUCAUAAGAAGCCACAAACAGGUGGUCCUGAAGAGGUUGAAUAAUCAUUUUACAAAGCAGUUUUCUGAGUGGGGAUUAGUUGGUGAUGUUUGUAACAAAUAUGGUAACGCUUUAGAAAUGUCAGUAUUUUUGUAAUUAUUUCUACCUCCAAAUAUAUAUAUUGUCUUUCACUGGAUAAUGUGCGUAGAUUUUUACAUGUGCCUUAUUUGACAACGCUUGCGUCUCAUUUUUGCCUAUCUCAUUUGCAGUUCUUUUUUCCUACGUUAGUUUAAAAAGUGCAGCUAGAUAGGAUUUAGCCUUUGUUUUGUUGCUAUUUGAAGCAGAUGUUCACCAAUGUCAGCAAAAACUCAUCCUGAACCUAAAGGUGGCAUUCCAUGUCCGACAUCCCCAGGUCCUCUCCACACUUCUGUUCAAACGCACAUGUUUGGCGAGGAACUACGUUGUUCUCCAAUGACUAGUGACUAGAGCAGUCCUCGUCCUACUCCAUGGACCCCUUCUGUUUGUUUCCCUACUGCACGCACGGUGUGCUCGCGCAUCUGCCUCCCCUUGUGCAUGUUUUCAGGGAUUCACUGUCCUGCCUUUUGUUCUCCUAAAACACGCCCAGUCACUCCUGCUCCACUGUCCUCGUCUAGGAGUUUCUUCUCGCCAUGCCCUCACACGUCAGCGCAUACCGGGAACACUUCUCUAGUUUGUCUGAGCAGGUUAACAUGAAGCUGUCUGACUUGAGAGCAGACGGGAUGUGACUUCACGUUACUGCAGCUUGAGGUGCUGCAUGGAAAUAGGUCAUUAACUUUAACGCUUAUCAGAAAAUACGAUUUACCAGUUUCCAUAAUUUCCAGUUCAGGACCACCAGAAGAGAGAGCCAUUGUUCAAUUCCAGUUCAGUGUGGGUGACAAAGUAAAAUUUAGAAUACAGUCGUCUAUUUGCUAUUUAACUCUUCAUUAUAUCCUCCUUUAAACUUUUGCCUGUCAGUCUAUAUUGCUGUUUUUCUUAUACAUCAGUUUCUUUGUAUAACUUGUGAGUUUCAUGUGUUUUGUUUUUAUUAUGUAAAUAUCAUUAUAAAUAAACUUAUUUAUAAAUCAAAGAUUUGGUAAUUAUUGUAGAUCAUACUUUUCAAGACGUUUAACCUGCUGUGAAGCUACAAAAGUGAACCCUCUGAAUUUAGAAGGCAAGUGAAGCUCUGAGAGUGAUUCUUUAGAGACCACAGGCUCAGAAAACUCACAGCUCAGUAGACUUACCAAAAGUGUAUUAAAUACACUGAAUACAUUUUAGCGUGGUAGGGCUGAAAAGAAUUCUCAAAUGUUAAUACUACCUCCUUCUAUAUCACAGUACCCAAAUCACUUGGUCAAAUUGUUGGGAAUUUUACCUUUUAAAGUCUUAGAAUGGACUUUUCCUAACUUUUCUGUAUCAAUGUGUCUUCAGUGAUAGGCUUUUUUUUUUUAAUGUUGUUGUUAUUGUUAUAUUGUAUCUCUAAUGUAGCUAGGUUCUUCCUGUGAUGCUCUAGUAUGUGUUGGGUUUAAUAAAAACAUUUGUGAUCAUAAGUUGUAUUUUUACACCCUGUUUUAGAAGUUUCUAACCCUUCUUCUUACCUUUAAAUAUUAUUAUAUUCAGCACAAGUGAGAUCAUCUCACGUUCUUAAUGUUGUCAUUUUUUUCAAUAAAUUGCAGUUUAUUACUUA